AUGGGCGAGUACGUGUGGCGGAGCACGAGUGAGGUGGAGGCGGAGGCGCGCAAGUUCGGGCGCGGGCUGCGCGAGCUGGGCUGCGCGCCGCGCGCCAACGUCGCCAUGUUCGCCGAGACGCGUGCCGAGUGGAUGGUCGCUGCGCACGGCUGCUUCAAGCAGACCAUUCCCGUGGUGACAAUCUACGCGACUCUCGGGGACGAUGCCAUAGCGCACGGCAUCAACGAGACAGAAGUGUCCACAGUCAUCACUACACACGAGCUCCUGCCCAAGUUCAAGAAAAUCCUGGCUAAAACACCCAAAGUGGACACCAUCAUCUAUAUGGAGGACCAACUGAAGACCACCGACAAAGAAGGAUACAAGCCCGGGAUCAGGAUCUUGGGAUACAAGGAGGUCGUGGCGAUGGGCGCAAAUUCAAAGAUUGAGUGCGUGCCUCCUACACCUUCGGAUACUGCCAUCAUCAUGUACACCUCGGGUUCCACUGGUGUGCCAAAGGGUGUGGUGCUGUCGCACCGCAACAUGGUGGCCACGCUGAAAGCUUUCGCCGAUGCCAUUCCAGUCCUAGAUGACGAUCUGCUCAUGGGCUUCCUGCCACUCGCCCAUGUCUUCGAACUGCUGGCCGAGUCGCUCUGCAUCAUGGGAGGUGUCCCCAUUGGCUACUCCACACCUUUGACCAUGUUGGAUACAUCUAGCAAGAUCAUGAAGGGUACUCAUGGCGACGCCACUAUACUUAAGCCAAGCUGCAUCACAACUGUUCCUCUGAUAAUGGACCGCAUCAGCAAGGGCAUAACGGAGCGCGUGUCACGCAGCGGGCAGUUCGCGGGCGCGUUCUUCAAGUGGGCGUACGUGUACAAGUUGGGCUGGCAGCGGCGCGGCUACGACACGCCGCUGCUUGACCGCGUGGUGUUCGGCCGCGUGCGCGCGCUGCUGGGCGGCCGCCUGCGCCUCGCCAUCGCGGGCGGCGCGCCCCUCGCGCCCGACACGCACACGCAGCUGCGGCUGUGCCUGUGCUGCGCGGUGGUGACGGGCUACGGGCUGACGGAGACCACGUCGGCGGCCACCGUCAUGUGCAUGCACGACCGCUCCACGGGCCGCGGCGGCGCGCCCGUCACCGGCGUCGACCUGCGCCUCGUCGACUGGGAGGAGGGCCACUACCGCGUCUCCAACAAGCCCUACCCACAGGGCGAAGUGGUGAUCGGCGGCGACAAUGUGGCGGAGGGCUACUACAAAAACCCGGAGAAGACGCGUGAGGAGUUCGUGGAGAUGGACGGCCGCCGCUGGUUCCGCUCCGGGGACAUCGCCGAGCUGCAUCCCGACGGCUGCAUCAAGAUCAUCGAUCGCAAGAAGGACCUAGUUAAGCUGCAAGCGGGCGAGUACGUGUCCCUGGGCAAGGUGGAGGCGGAGCUGAAGACGUGUCCCAUCGUGGAGAACAUCUGCGUGUACGGCGACAGUUCAAAGACGUACACCGUGGCGCUGGUGGUGCCCGAGCCGCGCAAGCUGGCGGAGCUGGCGGCGCGGCUCGGGCUGGCGGGCGAGCUGGCUGAGCUGUGCGCGCAGCCCGCGCUCGAGCACGCCGUCGUGCGCGAGCUGCAGGAGCACGCGCGCAAGUGUGGCUUAGAGAAAUUUGAAGUUCCCGCCGCAGUUAAACUGUGCACAGAAGUUUGGUCACCCGACAUGGGGCUGGUGACUGCCGCGUUCAAGAUCAAGAGGAAAGACAUCCAGGAACGUUACAAGGACGACAUCAAGCGGAUGUACGCCUCGUGA